AUGAAUAGGAUGGCGUUUAUUAAGUCCGUGUUGCCUCCCGGCACCAGUUUCCCUCCUGUGGUGCUCAUGGUGCUCUACCUCGUGGCAUUUGUUUUUUCUUGGGCUAACUAUGGUGCAUCCUUUCGUCCAAAUUUAAGUCUCUACGGAAAAGAUCUUGUGACAGCUUAUCUUGCUUUUUGUAUCAUCGGCACGUUGGUGUACACACUGGUUAGUGGUGCCUUGUGGCUUCGCGCAAGUAGAUAUGUUGUUCGGUCAUCGCAUAAGGUCCGGUUUAUUAUCAUUGGUGUUGGACUCCUGUUUUUUUUCAAGGAUUUUCCACUUUUUUUGAUUGAGUCUGUCACUUUGAGACGUUACGGGUGGCGGAAUGGUUUUCAAGGAUUCUGUUUCAUUGUUCAGCUCUGUUUUUUUCUGUUUCCAUUUAUAGUCAUCUGGUUGGCUUUUAUCUGGUUUAUUACAGGUUUUCUUGACUGUCAAUGGGGAAUCGAUACCGCUCAUACGCAUCUUUCUCUUGACGAGGCACUAGCACAACCAGUACCUUUAACACCACCACCUCUGAUGUUGCAUGAAAACUCAUACAGCUACGACAAGGAUCCGAGUUUUUUGGCGCAGUUAGGAGGCCAAACCCUGGCAUCGACCUCCCACAAACAAACUACACCCGAAGUCUGUCAGGAUAACAGGAGAGUUCCGGGUGGGUACAUUUGA